GGAUCAAGGUUGGCAUGGCUGAGAGGACCCCUCCAGCAGCCAGCUUAAUUUACAGGUAAAGCAAGGGGUGGGGUUGGAGGAGGGCUGGCCAAGAAAGCCAGAGGAAACCGAGGUCAGGUCUUCAGCUCCCUGUUCCCUUCCACCCUUGUUCCCUUGCCAGCAUAGGCCUGAGCAAUAACAGGGGAACCUGGAACACCUCCCUGACCUGUCAAACUUGAGUGAGCAGAGUGGCUUCUGGGAGAAGGAAAGUGAAAGAGAGGCCUCUUGUUGAGUGUUCUGCUGGCUUCCCUAGAACCAGGAUCAGGUAGGGAAAGGUGCUUGCCGCCUUUACCCCUCCCAACCCAACCCCACCCCAUCCCAGAGGAAGUGGGGAGAACCCCGAGACCAAGACCUUCAUAACCUGGAAACACACCAACAGGAGCGACUACCAGUUGUUGAGUAUAGACUGCAGGGUGGCUCUGUGUUUUCCAUACAUUUAAAUCCCCCCCCCCCCCCGCAGUAGUCAAGACAAUGAUUCCCAUUUUGCGGAGGAGAAAAUGGACUUUGAAACGGAAGAGCUGGGGUUUGAUCUCAGGGAACAGCAUGGCUCCAGGGCCCAUCUAGCCUUCAGUGCCUUCAGUGCCUUCAGUGCCGUUCAGUGCGUGUUCACAGCUAAACAGUGAAGAAGAUGCACGGGUGAAGAGGGGCACGGGUGCAUGUCAAAGCGCGCGUGUGAGGGUGUGUUCCGGUGUCAGCCCUCCCCCAUGCUUGGCACAUGAUAUUCUAAUUGACAGAACAGCUGUCUAUUGAGUCCCAGGACAGGGCAAUUCACACAUCAAGUUGGUGGGAUCGUUCCCAUGUACCUGUUACUGAGGAUGACUCUACUGACACCUGACUGUGAACCUGUGUGUGUGUGCCCUCUCCCUGCCUCCAGCCCAUCCUAGAAGAGUCUCGUGGCCUCCUGUGGAAGUGGGUGAGUAGGGUGGAGGUGAGCUCUCCAGUCCUACUGAGGACAGAUAAGACAGAGUGGGAUAAUGUGGGUGGGGCUCCCAUCUGUCUGGUGAACUGGGUUUGUCUCACACUGACUUAUCUCUGUCUCCUGGGAGACAAGGCUUGUACUGCCCCAGGGAAGGAACUCCUCUGCCUGUUCCAGACCUGAAGUGGGGCGGGGACCAGAGGAACCAGGCUGCCAAGGAAAGGCUGGGACUCAGGUGGAUGAGGGCACCACUCACAGAAUUUGCAUUUUUCAGUCCCCAAGGCCCUGGAUAAUUUCCCUGUGAAAUUAAGGGAAGGGGUGGGAUCAGGCCACCUUGAGGAGAGGACAUUAGCCACCAGUAUCUCUAAACUGUCUAGCAGUACUGAAAAAUAGGGCUCUUCAUGGAUUCAGACUCCACACACAGGCAGUGCCCCUUCCCUAGGCGUUUUCUGGACCUUUACUGAGAACUCAGGAUUGGGUCUGGGCAUUUAUCUGCAGAGUCCACAAGUCCCCACAUGGGAUGGAGGAUUUGGGUGGAGGGUUAGAUCCUUGUGGAAACAAGCAAGUUCAAGCCUGAAGGUUCUCUGUGAAUCUAAGGGUCAACAUGGAAUGGGUCGGGGUAGACAAUCACAGUGGAGAUGUGGAUAAGGUCUUAGGACUUCUGGAGUGUGUGUGUCAACGGCCCCUAUAUGAGAUGAUCGCCUCAGUAGGCUCAGAGUGGAGAUUUGGGGGCAUAGAUCUGAGGUUGCUGGGUUGUUUGUUUGUUUUCCCGACUGUUCCCUGGAUGUCAGAUCUGUGGCUGUGGAGGAGGUAAAAGGGAUAGCACUGAGCUGGCAAACAAAGCCACCUGGGCAUCCAUCCUUCAGGAAGCUCUAAGCUCAACUGACCUGGGAAAACAAACAGGAACAGCUGCCGGGGGUAGGAGGGGGCAUGAGGGAGAGACCAGGGGCUGGAACUGGACCAGCCUGGUGGAAAAGGGAGGACAAUGGAAGGAGUCUACAGCAUGGAGACGGUUUGGUUCUGCCGCACCAGGGAGUGGGGGCUGCCUGAGAACCUCUAGGCCUCCAUCCUUUUUAGAGGCACCUACCCAUUCUUACUCGCUUGGGGGACACGGGACCUCAGUUGCUGUAGGCAGUGCGAGCAGGUGUGGUGGUGACAGACACGCCAUUUAGCUAACUGCAGAGAGAACUAAAAGCCGUGGAUGUGUGGUAAGACCGCAUUUUCCUGAUGAGGAAACCCAGGUGCAAGCAGAGUUGGGGAGGCUGGCUGCUGUCAGGAGAACUUCCAACUGGAAAGGGUAGGCUUCUCAUAUAGACCACCACCCCCAAAACCAGGAUCUCACCUUCCCUCUAUCUUUUUCCAAAUCCUGAGGACUACUAACCAACAUAUGGACUGGAAGCUACCCGCACCCCAGGCCAGAGGUAACACAUGAGCCCACAGUCACCAACAGCACAGUAGCCUACAGUCACCACCACAGCAAUCACACACACACACACACACACACACACACACACACACACACACACAUGCACACGCACACACCCCUGGCUGCUUUUUUUGUCAGUGCAGACUCUGCCCCCUGGUGGCCACCUCUAGAAUUGUCCAAUGGAAGUAAAAAGAUCUUUUAUUAUCUAUCAUUUUUUUUCAAGCCUUACUUCUUGAUGCAGCUAGGACUUGUGAAACAGAGAAGAAGCAAGAAUAGUAAACAUCCAGGAGUAACUGAUGCCAUAUAUGGAGUCUGAACUUUUCCCCAUAGUCUGGGGAAAAAUUACAGGUCUGUUAUGUGUGUCUAGCCCUCUCUAAGGAAGAGUCAAGCAGCUAAACAGUAAUUCUGGCUCCACCCUCAAGCAAACCUAGUCAGAUUUGUCCCAUUUUACCCCCAUGUUCUCCUGGCUUGGAGUGUAACCUCAACUCAAGUUCAUGCAUGUCAAUCCCAACAGUAACUUCUUACUAGUGAACGGAGAGGCCAAAGGGAGGUGCUGCCUACCCCCUCCCCCUCCACACACACACAGAAGCCCAGAACUCCAGAAAUGGAAUUAGUAGGAUGGGUAAACCAUCACCCACUCCACUGGAGACUUCCUUGUACGUGCCUUCCCCGUAGACAUUUGGCUCACAAUUGGUCACCUUGUUAAUUCACUCCAUUUUAAUUGGAUUCCUGCUCAGUAUCCAGCACCAUGCUAGGCUGGAAGAUGACAACUGGGAACAAGGCAGACAUAGUUCCUCCCCGUUUGUGUCAGGCUUACAGUCAGUCUAGUAAAGGAGGCACUGGUGCCUCUGUGAACCGAGGAGGGCAUCUUUAGACGGACUCACGCUAGAUAGGAAAUAGAUGAUGGGUGACUAGCAUCGCCCACAAAGUGGCAGAGGGACUAGCCACGUCGAGAGCAUGUGGUUAAAACACCCCAGGAACUGCAAUGGGCAAAUGUAAAGACUGGGCUGGGAAUGGGCUUAGCACAUUAGGUGAACUUCCAGAAGUUGGGGUAGGAUGCAACAGAGAAGAAAGCCUGGAUUUUCUUAACUCUGAAACUGGCCAAUUAGGAGUUUGCACAAAGUUCCACACCAGACUGAGUUUCAAUUUCCACGUUUGUGUGUGCAAGUUGAACCCACCAGGCUGCUGUUGAGUAUACAAGGAAGGAACUCGGCAAAUAGUAACAAAUUAGUUCACCCCCACCACGGACUUUCCUGCUGGGAUAGCCUCUCACCACCAAGGAGUACUUGUUAAAGCAACUGUCUAGUUGACAGCUAACAGUGAGGCCCUUUCCUUCCUGCAACCACCUCUUUGGGUCUCUAAGCCUUUUCUCCUUUUCCCCGCCCCCAACCCCUUCCCAGCCGGCGGAUUCUAGGGCUCUGGCGGCCUCGGCACUCUCUCGGGAAGGUUGAAAUGCUCCUUCUACCUCGGACAGUCAGCCCCUCCCUUGGCACUGGUAUUUCCAAAACCCAGGCAAACCUAAGCACUCCCAGAUGCUUUUCUGAGUUUAGUGCCACCUGGCGGCGAGGCCUGGUCUCGACCUCGGGACGGGAGAAGACCAGUUGGUAAACCCCGCUCCGGAAGAAAAGGACAGCAAUGGACAGAUCUCCCAGCGAAAGGAGGCCUGGGGGCUUGACGCUAGAGAAGGGUCUUCUUCUUCUCCGGCCUAGCGACGCCCAAAACAGAAAUCUUCUCUUAGGGAAUUUUAACAUUAGAAAGAACAGUGCUGUGCCAGGCUCACGUGGUCUUAGAAAAGGCUAAACCCUAAGCUUAGCCUUCAUGCCUGAGGGUCUGUGCCAGGAUGUGCGUGUUCUGCCCCCAGGCUUGGAGACUCUGCCAGGCUUAAGCCUCACUGAAAGAAAGCGCAGAGUCAGCCUGGGUUCCUGCGGACACGCGAUGUGCGUCUCAGCACUUUCCGUUGUCAUUCACGCGGGCUGGGACCAGAUCGGUGGCUCCGCUGCCUAUGCAGACCAGAGCUGACCAAAGCUGGCCAGCUGACUCAGCUUGCCCACCGCGCCCGGAUCCCACAGGGAGAGGCAGCCAGACGGAGGUAUAAAGCGGCGCACAUCAGGCUCGCGCGCAACUUCUCCAUUUUCCGUGCCUGCGGUGCUCAACCCUCCGCGGCAUGAGCAGCGCCCCUGUGCCGGGCGCAAUGCCCGCCUGUCUCACGCUCUGGGAUGAGGAGGACUUUCAGGGUCGUCGCUGCCGUCUUCUGAGCGACUGUGCAAACGUCUGUGAGCGUGGAGCCCUGCGCAGGGUGCGCUCGGUCAAGGUGGAAAACGGCGCAUGGGUGGCCUUCGAGUACCCCGAUUUCCAGGGGCAGCAGUUCAUUCUAGAGAAGGGAGAUUAUCCUUGUUGGAGCGCCUGGAGCGGCAGCAGCAGCCACCACAGCAACCAACUGCUGUCUUUCAGGCCGGUGCUCUGUGCGAACCAUGGCGACAGCCGCGUGACACUGUUUGAAGGGGAAAACUUCCAGGGUUGCAAGUUUGAACUCAGCGAUGACUACCCAUCACUGCCUUCCAUGGGCUGGACCAGCAAAGAUGUGGGUUCCAUCAAAGUCAGCUCUGGAGCGUGGGUGGCCUACCAGUACCCAGGUUACCGAGGCUACCAGUACGUCUUAGAGCGGGACCGGCACAGUGGGGAGUUCCGUACCUACAGCGACUUUGGCACGCAGGCCCAUACUGGACAGCUGCAGUCCAUUCGAAGAGUCCAGCACUAGGCUCUACCCUCUCCGUCAUUAUCACCCCUAAGAUUCUAAUAAUAAAAGUUCUUGACUCUA